CCCACCGAAGGGACCCCCGGGACCCCCGAGCCGAGGGAAGGGUCGGGCGGCCCCAUGGAGCCGAAAGUCGCUUUCCGGGGUGCCGUGAACCGCACCUGGAGCGCCAACCAGGACCCCAGUAGCCGAUUACCGGACGCUUUCAACACUUCGAUGUUGCCUGCUGCCAAUUCCGUCUUCGAUUACUACAAAUCACAGAGUGAAGACAACGUCGAUCCACCCAAUACUCCGCCUUCGUCAUCGACUGACUACUCGAGUGGUGCUGAGCCUCCUCUUUUCUAUGCCCCGUGGCCUAACUAUGGCGAGGAGAGUAAUCAACCUUCCAGCUCUCAGACCAGUGUCAAGAACAGGGCCCAAACCGACAGAAAUGACUUCGGCAGCGAAACGGACUUGUACGGACUGGUGUCUAACAUUUUGGAAGAACAAGAUAAGCCGCAGCCUGGAUACGCUGAGGGGGCCUGCUCCGCCAACAUAAAAUCCAUUUGGCCCGGGAACCCCGGUCACCCCGGCCUCCCGUCCGACCCUCAAAGGCCGGUUGAGGCGGCCGGCUCUCCGUCCGCUUUCUACAGUGGCGAAUCCGGGCCGGCGGCGGAGAAACCGGCCCCGCAGAGGAGCAUCCUCACCCCACAGCCCAGAAGAGACGAUCUCUGUGCCGGAUUCCCCAAUCUGGGGCUCGAGGACCAAUGGAGGUACCCGUCGCGGGCCGAUCAGUUCAGCUACUUCAACCUGCCGCCGAACGAUCCGGCUAAGGCGGCGUUCCAAGAUGGCCCCAGGCCCCAGAACCGUUCCUUGCCACUGAUGGGGCUCCCCAGGGAAGCGGGAGCCGCAGGGGGAGACCCCCACUCUUACGGAAGGGGCCACACGUGGGCCAGGGGCCUCGGGGCGCCGAUGCAGCAGAAGCGAGCCGAGAUGUUCCUCGCCCAGGCUCGGCUCAACGACAGUGCGGAUUACUGUAGUUUUCCGGAAUAUCCCCACCCCAAUCAGGUGAGGUUCAAUCAGUGUUCGAAUCUUGGCCUUCAGGAGGGCAGGAAAUCAACCGACGGGGCACCCAAGAGAGCGGCCGGGGAAGCGGAGAGCUACGCCAGGUCUUUCCUGGGAAUGCCGGCGGACCUGAAGAAAGGGGACGAGGCCCGCGGCCCGAAGAAUUUCCCUUUCCCAAGGUCGGCCACCUACUUAACCGAAAAGCCGUACGCCAAGGAGGCCGCCUUCGUGCCCGACUUCGGCUUGAGGCCGGAAUACGGGCUCAAAGCUCUCUUCGCCCGCCCGGGCCUCAGCGAUUUUCCUAGCCCCUCCGAGAGGCAGCAGGUUCCCAGGUCGGAGCCGCAGAAUUCCGGAUUCCUCAAGCCAGCGAAUCCCCCGCCGAACUGGGCGGCGCCUUCCGGCGGAAUCAACAUCAACCGGCCCAUCUGGAUGAACUUCCCAGCCAAAAACAGCGCUCCCAUUCCGUAUCGGAAUCAAAGUAACCUGAUGAGAUGGAACGGUCAUUUAAGCCCGGCCCUGGGAGGGCUGAACCAUUCUUUAGAUGGCCCCCCGUUACCACCUGCCGCGGCCUUCACCCCUCAGAGCUAUCUGUUUCAGCAAUACUAUCAGGAAAACCCAUCCCUCUUUUCCGGGCUGGAUUUCGGCUCCAAUGGCCCGGGAAGGCUUCAGCCCGGCAGCCCCCUGGAAGGGCCGACGAGGGACGGUGGAAGGCGUCUCCCCGAACCGAGCCUCGAGAAAAAAUUCAAGCCGCCCAACGGGCCGUGCGACGGCUUCUCACCUCAGCAAUACGGGAUGGUCGACCACGGGUACAAGCACCCUUUCCAAGCCAGGCUCCAGGGUGGACACGGUGAUCCCGACCCGGGCCAGGCCUAUUUCCCGGGCUUGUCCCCGAAUCCCUAUCACGACCUGUUGGAACGCCCGGGUCGCUACGCGAGCCCCCGGCUGGGAAGCGGAGACAACGGCCGGGUGGUCGCCCGGCCGAACCGCCCCCAGCCUUCCUACUUUCCGAACCACUUCAUGAUGGGCGACUUUAGGUACCACCCGAACACCCCCCGGUUUGGCUUGGGCAGGCUUCCCCCGAAACCCAGCUUUCCGUUCAGCCAGGCGUUCUUCCCACUGACCGGCCCUCGCAAUCUGCUCUCCUACCAAGACGGAAGGCGCCCGAGUCCGUAUUCGAAGGGGCCGAUGCUUAACGACCAGCCUCACCCUCAGCCCGGUUUCCCGUUCACGCCCGUGUUGCCGAGGCCGGUCAAAGCCCGCAGCGGACCGGCCAGUGAACUUCACACCCAACUGGAGCAGUGCUACGAGCAGUGGAGAGCCUUAGAAAAGGAGAGGAAGAAGGUGGAACAGUCCCUUGCCAAGAAUUAUCCGGGAAAGAAAGUCUCCAGCAUGAAUAACACACCGAUUCCGAGGCUGACCUCCAACCCUUCCCGGGUGGACCGCUUAAUCGUGGAUGAGCUGCGAGAGCAAGCCAGGGUCGUCACUUUACUGGGUAAGAUGGAGCGGCUUCGGAGCUCUCCCCUCCACAUCAACAUCUCCAUCACCCUCGAUAAGCACUUGGAGACCAUUCGUCUGGUCCAGACCCGAAGGAAGGAGGAGAUUGUGAACGUUUCGACUCGACAGAGGCAAGGAGCCCCCAGAAGCCAGGACGACCGAGAUGUCCUCGCCCUGGCGCUGGCAGUCAGAGAGAUGUGCGGCACUACCAGGACGGUCCGCACCACCCUCUGGUGUGCCCUCCAGAUGACCCUGCCCAAGGCCGCCCCUCCCCAGGGCCAAGCGGACGAGGAGAAACCGCCCAAGGACGAGAAGAAGCCGCCCAAGGACGAGAAGAAACCGUCCAAGGACGGAGAAGGCCGUGAAAACAAAACCCGCAAGAGCAAGGAGAACAGGCGGGGAGAAGACGCAAGUCGCCAGUGAAGAGGCCGGCAGCCCGGGGAGGAGCCAAAAAGGGAAAGGACCAAGGCCUUGGGUCCGAAAGGAAUUUUCAAUACGUUAAGUUUCAGUUCUUUUACUCUUCCUUCCAGAUUUCCAGUUUUAAUAGGUUAAUGACGUUCGAUUCCAGUCUAAUAAUCAGCCACGUCUAACCGAUCACCACGCGGUUCGGGGAGGACUCCAAGGUACCGUUACGUCGGCUGUCCUCCCCGUCCUGACCCCUCCUGACCUCUCCCCCGCAGCGAGGGGCUAAACUCGUCCAAGCUCACUUUUGUCUCCCGACUGAGUUUGGAACCGCAGUGGUGUUGCUUACAUCCGUUCCGCACGGCAGGACAAGGGAAAGGCGACGGUCUCGUCGUUGAUAAGUGUCCUUCAGGUUCGCCUCAGUAAGCAGAUUUCCAAUUAACAACCGAGCGACCCCCAAUCAGUUCAGGCUUCAGUCCGGCGUCCGAGACGGGCCCGGGCUGCCGUUGAAGCGCCUUCGUCUUAAAAAACCCCGUACAAACCCUGGGAGCGGGAGGAAAAUGAGGCUAAGCCAUAUAUUCGGGGAAAACGUUCACAUUUAAGAUAGAACCGUAUCUCCGAAAGCGAAAUUUCAGUGCCUAAAUUGAUGGAGUGAAACCCAUUCGAUUCUCCUAAAUUAGUGAUAAGUGCCAAUGUGAGAACCAUGCAAGUUACGGAAUAGAAUGCCCGCUCAAAUCAUUUGUGCUUAUUCUUGAACGUUUAACAGUUAUCAAUUAAAUGUUGCCAAUUUUAAAGUAUUUAAAUUGAAUCAAAAUAUUUACCUCUUCCUCUGUCCAGUUUAGAUUUU